CAUGGCUGCAGAAAACCCUGUGGAAAGUCCCCAGGAGGAAGCUACAUGCCCCAUCUGUCUGGAGUAUUUUAAGGACCCAGUGAUUAUAGAGUGUGGGCACAAUUUCUGCCAAGCCUGCAUCACCCAGUGCUGGGAAGGAUCCGAUACAGCCACCUCCUGCCCUCAGUGCAGAGAAACUGUGCAACAGAGAAACCUCAGGCCCAACAGGCAGCUGGCAAACAUGGUAGAAAUCGCCAAAGGGCUGAGUUUACAGGCAGCAAAGGGAGCAGGAGAGGACGGGGUGUGUGAGAGACACCAGGAGGCUCUGAAACUGUUCUGUGAAAAGGACCAAACCCCCAUCUGUCUGGUUUGCAACAGAUCCCGGGCUCACAAAGCUCACAAGGUGGUUCCCAUAGAGGAGGCUGCCCAGGAGUACAAGGGAAAAAUCCAGGCCCAUUUGAAGACUCUGACGGAAGACAGAGAAAAGCUGCUGGGAUUUAAAGAGACUGGAGAGGCGACAUGCCAGGAGUAUCUGAAACAGAUAGAAAAGGAGAGGCAGAAAAUUGUGUCUGAAUUUCAGCAACUGUGGCAGUUCCUGGAGGAACAAGAGCGACUCCUGCUGGCCCAGCUGGAAAAAUUGGACAAGGUGUUUGUGAAGAUACAGAAUGAAAAAAUCACCAAACUCUCUGAGGAGAUUUCCUAUCUCAGUGAGUUGAUCAGCGAGCUGGAGGGGAAGUAUCAGAAGCCAGCGAGUGAAUUCCUGCAGGACAUCAGAAGCACCUUGUGCAGGAAUGAGAGGAGGAAGUUCCAGCAGCCACUGAAGAUUUCUCCUAAAUUGAAAGUGAGACUCAGUGAUUUCUCACAGAAAACUGUUGUUCUAGUGAAUACUCUGAGGAAGAUCAAAGACGCUCUGCCAUCUGAACUGGAGAGAAAAAGCAGGAAAUCCCUAGGGCCAUUCAGACAAGUGAACGUGACUCUGGAUCCAGACUCGGCUCAUCCCCAACUCGUUCUGUCUGAGGAUCGGAAAAGUGUGAGAUGGGGAGACACACGGCAGGAUCUGCCCAACAAUCCUGAGAGAUUUGAUUCUUGGGCCUGUGUGCUGGGCUAUAAGGGAUUCACCUCGGGGAGACGUUGCUGGGAGGUGCAAGUGGGGGCUGGGAGACACUGGGCUUUGGGGGUGGCCAGAGAGUCUGUGGGGAGGAAGGGACGGAUCAGCCGUAGCCCUGAGGGGGGAAUCUGGGCUGUGCAGCGGUGGGGGAGUCGAUUUGAGGCUCUCACCUCUGCCGUGACCCGCCUGCCCAGGCGCCAGGUUCCCACCAGGAUCCGGGUUUGUCUGGACUGUGACUGGGGGCAGGUGACAUUUAUCGAUGCUGUUGACGAGACCCCGAUCUUCAGUUUCCCACCGGGCUCCGCCCUUGGGGAGAGAAUCCGACCCUGGCUUUGGCUGGGACCCGGAUCCCCGCUCAGAUUGUGUCCCUGAGCGGGGAGUUUUGUAGUGACAAUUCUUCAACAAAAAAACUUCCAAAACAGACUCCAACGAGAAACUGAAAAAAAUGGAGUUAAUUUGUGAACUGGACACCAUCAGAUUAGGCCUGAAUAAAGCCUGGGAGUGGAUGAGUCACUACAAAAACUAAAAACUAAUUUCCCCCUACUGUUACUCACACCUUCUUGUCAACCAGUUAAAAUGGGCCACCCUGAUUACCACUGCAAAAGUGAUUUUGGUACAGCAACACAUCUUUUCAUGUACUGUGUAUAUAUUUUUUUCCUACUCUAUUUUCCACUCAAUGCAUCUUAUGAAGUGGGUUUUAGCCCAUGAAAGCUUAUGCCCAAAUAAAUUUGUUAGUCUCUAAGG